CGUAAACCAUGUUAAAACUAUUUUUAUCACAAUUCUCGUUAAUAUUAUUAGUAAAUGCCAAAUCGGUGUUAGAACCCAGAAUCGUGCACGGCGAACAGGUUAAUAUAGCUAAUUAUGCUCAUUCAGUGUUUUUGGUAAUAAAUGGUGCAACUGGCCACUAUAUAUGCGGUUCUUCGGCUAUCAAUCAGAAGAUUCUCUUGACAGCAGCGCAUUGUGUCGACACUUGUAUCAACAAGUGCUUGGAUUCUGCGGCAUAUGCAGGCAAUGCCAAUAAGAGACGAGGUAACAAAAUAUCAAUUUUGGCAACAGCCAUACACAAAAAAUUCAACCGUAACCGAAUACAAAACGAUAUUGCCUUGAUUCUGCUUAAGAAUCCUCUGACGUUGGGGAAGUUUAUCAAGAGAGUGGCACUAACGAGAGCAGUACCUCCUCAGACAAUUGGAAUUGUCGCGGGAUGGGGUUUGGUUAAUGAAGUGCAUAAUACACACACUGAUUUUCUACACUCAGUUCAACAGACGAUUUGGAACUUUGAGGAUUGUCGAAAAAUGAUACCAACGUUAUCAGACGGAACUAUCUGUGCCGGAGACGUGCAAAAUCAACGAUACGCAUCAGAAGGUGAUUCUGGCAGUGCUCUGAUCAUCAACAAAUAUAUCCAAAUAGGAAUUGUCUCUUAUAAAAGGCCGGAUAUAUCGAGAGCCAUUGUAGUUUAUACGGACGUUGCUUAUUUUUAUAAUUGGAUAAAAUAUAAUUCAAAGAAAUUAUACUGUGAUUACGUGUAAUUUUUU